AUGCCGGGCGACCACAACCACAGCCGCGCCAGCGAGUACACGACACUCCUGCCAGCACCGCUACGACACCGGGUGACAAUCGCGCACGAGGGCGAGAGCGGCCGCAGCGGCUUCCACCCGCGGCACUUCUUCCACGUCCUUUGGUUGAGCUCAUGCACCGUGUCGAAAUGGGUCAACGUGCUGUGGCCCUUCGUGCCCGUCGCCUUCCUGCUGCACUUCCUCACGCGCGCCCACCUCUGGACCUUCGCCGUGAGCUAUGUCGCAAUGAUCCCAGCCGCCAACCUCCUCGGCUUCGCCGGCCAGGAGUUUGCUAGGAAGAUGCCCAAGGUGGCCGGCAUCCUCAUCGAGACGACCUUCGGUUCUAUCGUGGAGAUCAUCCUGUUCAUCGUCCUUAUUGCGAAGCACGACGUCGAGGGGGGCAACGGCGAUGAGGGCAACCUGAUCCCCAUCAUCCAGGCCGCCAUCCUGGGCUCCAUCCUGACCAACCUGCUGCUAUGUCUGGGGCUCUGCUUCUUCUUUGGCGGCAUCCGGUGGACCACGCAGAAGUUCCACCCCAUUGUGUCCGAGGUGGGAUCAGGGCUGCUGCUGGUCGCAGCCUUUGCCCUGCUCAUCCCCAGCGCCUUCUACUCGGCCCUCAAGUCCGAGACCGUGCCGGACGUGCUUGGGGCGCUGCACGAGAGGUUUACCGAGGGAAAGCUGCAGGAGGACGUCCUCCGCAUCAGCCAGACGACGUCCAUCGUGCUCGUCGUCGCCUUCUUCCUGUAUAUCUGGUACUGCGCUAGCAGCCAGCACAGCAUCUUCGACGAGGUGAUCGAGAUGGACGAGCACAACGACGCGGACCGGGAGGCCGAUGAGGCAAGGCCGAAGUUCACUAUGACCGAGACCGUCCUCGCGCUGGCCGUAUCGAUCGUCGUCGUGACCUUGCUCCUUGUGUUCCUGGUCGACAACAUUGAGCAUGUCGUGGAGAGCGGCGUGCCCGACCAGUUCCUGGGCCUGAUCCUACUGCCGCUCGUCGAGAAAGCCGCCGAGCACCUGACGGCUAUCGACGAGGCAUGGGAUGGUGUCAUCAACGUUGCUCUCUACCACUGUCUCGGGCCCUCGAUCCAGACUGCACUUUUCAAUGGUCCUUUGGUGGUCCUCAUCGGAUGGGCCCUUGGCAAGCCCAUGGACCUCAACUUUGAGAUAUUCAUGAUAGCCCUGCUCGUGCUGUCGAUACUGGCGGUUGGCAACUUCCUGCGGGACGGGGAGAGCAAUUGGCUCGAGGGAGCACUUCUCGUGGUGGUUUACGUUGUCGUUGCGAUCGCGUCUUGGUAUUACCCCAACCCGGACGUUGCCACAACCAACGGCCUCGAGGAUAUCGUGUCGAAGAACGUGACUCUUAGCGUCGAGGUGUUGCAGCAGAUACAGCAGCUUCUUCAACAACAGCUACAGCAGUGA